AUGGAGCUGGAGCGUGGGCGCCAGACGAGGCCAGGCGAGGCCAGGCGAGGCCAGACGAGGCCAGACGAGGCCAGACGAGGCCAGGCGAAGCCAGACGAGGCCAGACGAGGCCAGACGAGGCCAGACGAGGCCAGACGAGGCCAGACGAGGCCAGACGUGGCCAGGCGAGGCCAGACGAGGCCAGGCGAGGCCAUACGAGGCCAGGCGAGGCCAGACGAGGCCAGACGAGGCAAGACGAGGCCAGACGAGGCCAGGCGAGGCCAGACGAGGCCAGACGAGGCCAGGCGAGGCCAUACGAGGCCAGACGAGGCCAGACGAGGCCAGGCGAGGCCAGGCGAGGCCAGACGAGGCCAGGCGAGGCCAUACGAGGCCAGACGAGGCCAGACGAGGCCAGGCGAGGCCAGGCGAAGCCAGACGAGGCCAGACGAGGCCAGGCGAGGCCAGGCGAGGCCAGGCGAGGCUAGACGAGGCCAGACGAGGCCAGGCGAGGCCAGGCGAGGCCAGACGAGGCCAGACGAGGCCAGGCGAAGCCAUACGAGGCCAGACAAGGCCAGACGAGGCCAGGCGAGGGCAGACGAGGCAAGACGAGGCCAGAGGAGGCCAGGCGAGGCCAGACGAGGCCAGGCGAGGCCAUACGAGGCCAGACGAGGCCAGACGAGGCCAGACGAGGCCAGACGAGGCCAGGCGAGGCCAGGCGAGGCCAUACGAGGCCAGACGAGGCCAGACGAGGCCAGGCGAGGCCAGACGAGGCCAGACGAGGCCAGGCGAGGCCAGACGAGGCCAGACGAGGCCAGGCGAGGCCAUACGAGGCCAUACGAGGCCAGACGAGGCCAGACGAGGCCAGGCGAGGCCAGACGAGGCAAGACGAGGCCAGACGAGGCCAGGCGAGGCCAGGCGAGGCCAGACGAGGCCAGACGAGGCCAGACGAGGCCAGGCGAGGCCAGGCGAGGCCAGGCGAGGCCAGACGAGGCAAGACGAGGCCAGACGAGGCCAGACGAGGCAAGACGAGGCCAGACGAGGCCAGACGAGGCCAGGCGAGGCCAGACGAGGCCAGACGAGGCCAGGCGAGGCCAGACGAGGCCAGACGGGCCAGACGAGGCCAGACGAGGCCAGGCGAGGCCAUACGAGGCCAGGCGAGGCCAGACGAGGCCAGACGAGGCCAGGCGAGGCCAUACGAGGCCAGACGAGGCCAGACGAGGCCAGGCGAGGCCAGACGAGGCCAGACGAGGCCAGACGAGGCCAGGCGAGGCCAGGCGAGGCCAGACGAGGCCAGACGAGGCCAGACGAGGCCAGACGAGGCCAGGCGAGGCCAGACGAGGCCAGACGAGGCCAGACGAGGCCAGACGAGGCCAGGCGAGGCCAGACGAGGCCAGACGAGGCCAGGCGAGGCCAUACGAGGCCAGACGAGGCCAGACGAGGCCAGACGAGGCCAGACGAGGCGUCACAUGUCCAGUUCCAGCGACGUGA